UCUGGCAGCUGUAUGAUAAAAUCCUAUGUAAUUACAUUCCAAUUUCAUUCAAUUUCUAUUCAAAUGAAAAUAAAAAUUAUCUAGUUUUAGUCGGCAGUACUGUGAUUUCUAACAUGACUAUUUGUUUAGGACGCUUCAAUUUGCGUUUGCGAUUCCGAUUGAUUGCUGCUGCUGGAGUUGUUAAUAAGCUCGCGAGAAGUGAAGACGUCCACUAUCAUUCAACAUCGAUCCGCUUAAUCACUACUUUUAAAAAAAUGGAAAGUUUACCACAUUAUGCAUCUGGGAAAAUUGUUCCUGGAUUUGGACGUGGCUCUAAAGAACUCGGAAUACCUACUGCUAACUUUCCAUUGGACGUUGUGCAGGCUUUGCCUUCGGAAUUUAUAACUGGAGUCUAUUAUGGAUGGGCGAAUAUUGACAGUGGAGAAGUGCACAAGAUGGUUAUGAGUGUAGGCUGGAAUCCAUUCUACGAGAAUAAACAGAAAAGCAUGGAAACGCACAUUUUACACGAAUACAACAGAGAUCUCUAUGGCUGUUUACUUAAAGUAAUUAUAGUUGGAUACCUACGACCAGAAAAGAACUUCGACUCUCUUGAAGCCCUGGUGGCUACAAUCAAAAAUGACAUUCACGAAGCUGAGUUAGCGCUUGACAAUCCCGAAUAUAGCUUUUUGAAAGAUUCAAAUUUCUUUAGGGAAACACAAAAAGAAUCGAACAACAAUGGUACCACAGCACAAACAUGAUUUCGCCGUCGUCUGGCGACGUUGUCGUGAUGUGUUUACUGUUUAAUAAUAAAUGAAACUCAAAUUCCUGGUGGUUACUUAAUUUAUUAUCAUAAUAGAAAUGGUAUUUUUAUUAAUUUUUUUUUUAUCGCCGUAAUAAUUCUGUAUAUGUACAAAUUACGACAAAUUAUAAUGUAUAGCUAAAAAUAAAACAAUAAAUAAAAAUAGAAAAAAUUAGUGCAAUAUAGAAUA